AUGAGCUGGCAGGAGUUGCCAGUGGAGCUGCGGACUGAUGUAUUGAGUCGACUCAUUCAUAGCGAUUUAUUUCGCCCACCACCGCCGUACGAGCCAUGUCUCUCCCUCCGGCUUGUUUGUCGGGAUUUCAAUUCUCUGUUCUGUUCAAUUCUCUACCUUAGGUCAAAUCGUCUCAGGGAUGUGCCAGCGAAGGCAAAGAACGGCACCACCGUCGCUUGGCUCCUCUCGCUCAAGGCCAAGAUGGACCCUCCGGGCCAUGAUAAGACAUCCACCUACUUCCAAGAAUGGGCGAGCUUCAUGGCUGCCCAGAGCGCUUUGCAAUCGGGCGGUUCGGGCAACUACAACCAAUGGCUGGAUGCCGCUUGCCGUGCUGCGGCCUACAACGGUGAUCCGCAAGCCGUAUGUGCCUGGUUGGUUUGCUCCGCCGAUUCCGUGGUCGAGUCAGUCGAUCUCGCUCCUCCAAGAAACCUUGCUGCUCAACAGGCAUCUGGAAAUCCUGGAAACGUAUCAUAUCUGAAAAACGCGCAUGGUGCUCUGCAAAUUGCCUGCGAGAAUGGCAAUCUCGAAGUGGCCAAGUCUCUGCUGUCCUCGGGAAUCAGUCCAGGUGUUUACCAUACAGUUUUUGGCUACUCAGUCCACAACGCCAUCCGCAAUGACUAUCUGGAGAUCGUUCGUUGUCUGUUUCAUUAUGGAGCUGACACUGAUCCAUGGACCAGUCCGUAUGCAACUCUCUUGGAGCUCGCCGCCUGCCAAGGCAGUUCUGCAGCCCUCAAGUAUCUACUUGAAGAAAGCCCUGCUCAAACCGCGGGGUCACUACAAUAUCUUCUAUUCUUAGCAUGCCAGAGAGGGCAUGAAGGUAUCGUCAAGGUAUUGUUUCAAUGGACAGAUGAAAAGAACAAGCCGCAUAAGCGGACCAAAAGUUGGGUCAACCGUAUGAUGCACCAUCGGGCUACCACUAAGAUUCUACUUGAUCCUGGUGUACCGCUUCCCUAUGACAAGGUCAAGGAUCUCAAGCCUGAAUUCCAAGGGGAGGGAAGGCGUUCACCACUCUGUUCAGCGGUGAAAAACAAGCACCCGAUGAUUGUUGAAUUUCUUAUUGGUAGGCCUGAAUUUCAUCCGAGCGACCAAGACAACGACAGCUGUCCAUUGUUCGUGGCAGCACAAACGGACCAAGCAGACCUGACCCAGCUGCUCUUGGACCGUUAUCAGCAGGACGACAAAGUUACGUCAAUGAAGCUCAUGUUGCUUCUCGAUGAGGCAUGUAGGUUUGGGAGCAUAUCUGUGGUAAAACUGCUUCUAGAGCGGCAGGGGGUCAACCCUAACGCCGACGCCAGAGCGCGAUCUAUCACUACAACCCCUUUAGUCACGACUGUUGGGCAAACCAGUGGCGAUAGCAGCCUGAACCACGUUUCCAUUGUGAAGUUACUUCUACAGCACCACCUCAUAGACCCUCAGCUUCCAAGAACGGGGUUGAAACCACUGGAAAUCGCCAUUGACAGGCACAAUACUGCCAUGGUGGAACUGUUGCUGGACCACAGGAAAACCGACCCAAAUCUGUACGGCGACGACCAUUAUCCGCCUUUGUGUAGGGCCAUACGGAACGGAAAUAGCAAGAUUGUUCGGCUUCUCCUCAAAUGCCUCGACACCAACCCAAAUUUGCGAGGCAAAGAUCGAUUUUGGGGGACGCCUUUGGUAACGGCGGUGGGCCGAGCUGACACGCUCAUCGUCCGAGAGCUGCUUGAGCGUAGCGAUAUCGACCCCAACAUGCCCUCAUUCCGUCACAAGCCCUCUGGAAAUCCUCUCUUCUACGCAGCCGGCUCCGGCAAUCAUGAGAUCAUCAAAUUGCUCCUGAGGCGCGUUGACAUUGACGUGAAUGCGGCUACGGACAACAAAACCACGCCACUGGUGAACGCGAUAUUGAACAAAAAGAUUGGCAUCGUCAAGCUUCUGCUCGCUCAUCAAAAUAUAGACCCCAAUUAUGCGCCAGAAGCUGACAUGCAUAUAGAAAUGCAUGCCAGGGGCAAUAACACAUCUACAUAUGGGUUUGAGACGGUAUAUUUGGCGCCUACUCGGAGCGGAGUGAAGCAGAUACCUCUAUUUGUGGCGGGCGCAGAGUCGAAUCGGGCUGUUUUCGGUUUACUUCUGAGGCAUCCUCUGAUUGAUAUCCAUGCAACUGAUAGUACAGGCAGAACAUCCCUCUGGUGGGCAGCAGCCGGAGGCCCAGAAAUCUCUACACACUUGCUCCUUGAGAGAGGCGCCGGUAUUCACAUCAACAAACAAGACAUACAAGGUUGGGCACCUUUGCAUGUGGCCGCCAAUCGCCAACGCAUCGAGGUGAUUGAGUAUCUCUUGGGCCACCCGGACAUUGACCCCAACCUUGCCAACCAGAAUGGUUGCACAGCCCUGCACAUCGCGGUGUUCGGUAAUGAUGUACAGGCUGUUGCGGAGCUCCUUGCUCACCCAAAGACUGACCGGAACCUGAAAACAAAAGAUGGGCAAACGGCUGCAUCCAUUGCACGGAGAUUAGCAUAUCAUAGGUUGACUCAGUUGCUGGAAGCAAAUGAGGAGUGA